AUGGGCUUCCUGGCCGUUAUUCUAGACAGCCUUCAUGAGCGUUGCUCAAGUCUGUCCACUGGAACCCUCAGUGGCGCAGGAUUGAUAAUCUUGCUCGCUGCAUCUGUUGUUCUCAAUGUCUUGCGACAAGUCCUGUUCAGGAACUCACGAGAGCCUCCCGUUGUUUUUCACUGGUUUCCUUUCAUAGGUAGCACGAUAAGCUAUGGCAUGGAACCAUACAAAUUCUUUUUUGAAUGCCGCGCUAAGUACGGCGAUAUCUUCACUUUCAUUCUUCUUGGCAAGAAGACGACAGUGUAUCUAGGUACCAAGGGAAACGAUUUCAUUCUGAACGGCAAACUCAAAGACGUCUGCGCUGAGGAGGUUUACUCGCCUCUUACGACACCUGUGUUCGGUCGCCAUGUGGUGUAUGAUUGCCCCAAUGCCAAACUCAUGGAACAGAAAAAAUUUGUCAAAUUUGGCCUUACAUCCGACGCACUUCGCUCAUAUGUCCGUCUGAUUACCGAUGAGGUGGAAGACUUCAUGCAAAACUCCCCUGCUUUUCAGGGCUCUAGCGGUGUCUUUGAUGUUUCGAAAACAAUUGCCGAAAUCACUAUCUAUACUGCCUCGCGUUCUUUACAAGGACAGGAAGUUCGAAACCGGUUCGAUUCCACGUUCGCCGAGCUGUAUCACAAUCUCGACAUGGGGUUUGCCCCCAUCAAUUUCAUGUUACCCUGGGCUCCCCUUCCCCAUAACCGGAAGCGCGACGCGGCUCAACAAAAAAUGACCGAAACCUACAUGGAAAUUAUCAGGGAGCGCCGGGAGACUGGAAAUCAGAAAGACUCCCUAGAUAUGGUUUGGAACCUCAUGUCUUGUGUGUACAAGAAUGGCACACCAGUUCCUGACGAAGAAAUUGCGCAUAUGAUGAUUGCUCUGCUUAUGGCUGGCCAACACUCCUCUUCAUCCACCGCUGCAUGGAUCGUUUUGCGUCUCGCUUCGUGCCCUGAUAUAAUGGAAAAGCUCUACCAAGAACAGCUUCGUGUACUUGGGUCCGAUCUACCCGCACUCACAUAUGAAGGCCUGCAGAAAUUGGAUCUACACACCAAGGUUAUCAAGGAGACCUUGCGCAUUCAUGCCCCGAUUCACUCUAUCAUCCGAGCUGUGAAGAACCCGAUGCCGGUUGAAGGCACGCCCUAUGUUAUUCCAACUACGCACAAUGUCCUUUCUUCUCCUGGCGUCACGGCACGAUCAGAGGAACACUUCUCCAAUCCUUUGGAAUGGAAUCCUCAUCGUUGGGAUGAAGUCGUCGUUUCCAACACUGACGACGAGGAGAAGAUUGAUUAUGGGUAUGGUUUGGUCAACAAAGGCACCAAUAGUCCUUAUCUCCCAUUUGGCGCCGGUAGACAUAGAUGCAUCGGUGAACAAUUCGCCUAUAUUCAGCUGGGAGCAAUAACCGCAGCUUUGGUACGACUUUUCAAGUUUCGCAACCUGCCGGGAGUUGAGAGAAUUCCGGAUACGGACUAUUCGAGUGCACGGAAAGAUGAUAAUGCUGGGGCUAUGGGAGAUGGCAAGAAACGCGCCAGUAAUUGA